AUGGGCUCAUUAUGUGUCGCAACAUUUCUUCUUUCAGUCGGGAGCCCCUACAUUGCCGAUCGCAUGGUUUUGACCGAAUUUCCAAAUACAUAUGCACAUGUAUACCGCGAGAUAAGUAAAGCGCAUCAGUUCCCCUUGCGCAAGCCUAGUUCAGAUGUUUUCAUGAUUAAGAGCGACACUCAACGGCCUGGGACAUCUUACGCAAUCUACUGCUCGCAGAAAUGGAAUGGGAAAAACAUAAUGGAUGGACUUCUCGAUCAAAUAAUUCCCUUCACUAUUGAUGGUCCGAGUAGAGAUAAGGGACGAAUUAAUCCAGAAAAUCCAUGUUCUACGCAGCUGGCAAGUAUGGCCAAGAAAAAGAAUUACAGACUUAUCUGGACGAGCGAAAUAAUCAAGAGCAAUGCAUGUACGGGAAAGGAUCUUCUGGAGCUGGCUUUAAAAGGAUAUAUCACUAUUCAUAAACAUCAUUUCAUUAGCCCUAGAGAAUAUCUGAAACCUAAGAUACGGAUUUAUUUUGACGUAGGAAUCGAAAUUCAGUUUGGCGAAGAACAAGUUUACUUUAAAGGCGAAAAAGUAAAUGAUGAAACUGAAGAUGAGAUUUUAAUGUGGUACACGGGCUACUUACACAUAUUUCGCCGCAGAAUUAAAAAAGGGGGGUGGUAUGCAAGCACCUCUCUAACAUCAAUAGAUUUGAAUGGAUAUAAAAUAUCCAAAUUUAUCCGGCGUAACAGCCCUCCAUUCAAUAGAUUUAUCGAAACUUGGGAGUUCCUUGAAACGCUAGUAGAUAAAAGGGAUCAUUAUCCGGGCUUAACUGAAAAGGAAUUAACGAAAGAGAGGCAACGAAAGACAUCUCAUGAUAAGAUAGAAAGACUGAAAUUGGAUAAUCUUCGGCCGUCAGAUGUACAUGGGUUUAUCUCAAGCUUCAAAUGGUACGGGGAUAGCUCAUCAGGACACUAA